ACCUUGGUAUUGCUACUGUUGUUCUUGCAGCUUUUGUUGCUGCUAUCAUUGUUUUUAUAGCACCUGUUGCUGCUGUCAUUGCUCUUGUAGCUCUUGUUGCUGCUGCUGUUGCUCUUGUAGCUUUUGUUAUUGCUACAACUGUCUUUGCAGCUCUUGUUAUUGCUACUUUCAUUG